AUAAGCAUGACAAGCUAAAUUUCAUCUCCUAGCUCUCUUUCUUACAAAGUACCAACUUAGUUCACUUGUUUUACUUUUAUCGGCUAAAACUUUGCGAGCUAGCAGCUAGGUACUUCUAGGUGUCACAUUUUCUGCAUUUCUUGAAUCUUCGCCUGUCUUUGUUGAUUCAAUAAUCAACUUAUGUCUUUACCAAAAAAAUAAUCAACUUAUGUUAUGUGGGCCUGUUUAGCCAGACAUCUUUUUACCCUUGUGUCUUGUCGCCGUCGAGAUCGCUGCUCUUUCACAUUAUAUAAGGGAGAAGCUUUUUGGUUUUGAUUUGCAGAACAAACAAACAAACUCCACGACAGUAUUCAAGUCCUUUCCUGAGGAGCUUAAUUGGAAAGUGAGAUAAAUGGGUACUAUUGGGUGGUGGAAAUUGUUUGGAGCUGCUUUUGCUGGAAUUCUCUUCUUUCAUGGCUUCUGUACCUCUGAAAACGCUCCUAACUACACUUUCAUGCACAAUGCAACUUCAGCCCCUCCCAUUUCCUAUUACGACUACAUAAUAGUUGGUGGAGGCACUGCUGGCUGCCCCUUAGCAGCCACUCUCUCCCAAAACUACAGUGUUUUGCUGCUCGAACGCGGUGGCUCACCUUAUGGCAACCCUAACAUUUCCAACUUAGCGGCCUUCGGUGCCGCUCUCUCUGAUCUCUCCUCAACCUCGCCCUCUCAACGCUUCAUCUCUAAAGAUGGUGUCAUCAAUGCUCGAGCCCGUGUAUUGGGUGGCGGAAGUUGUUUAAAUGCUGGAUUCUACACACGUGCUGCACCCUACUAUGUCAGGGAAGUGGGAUGGGAUGGGCGACUAGCAAAUGAGUCAUAUGAAUGGGUGGAGAGAGUGGUGGCAUUUGAGCCACCGAUAAAGCAGUGGCAAUCGGCAGUGCGGGAUGGGUUGCUGGAAGCAGGGGUGGUGCCCUUUAAUGGCUUCACCUAUGAUCAUAUGUACGGGACUAAGGUUGGAGGAACCAUUUUUGAUCAAGAUGGUCUUAGACAUACAGCUGCUGACUUACUACAGUAUGCUAACCCUAAUGGCCUUACUGUGCUUUUGCAUGCCCCUGUGCACAAAAUCUUGUUUAGAAUUAAAGGAAAACCAAGGCCAGUAGCCCAUGGAGUGGUAUUUAGAGAUGCAUCAGGGGUCAAACACAAAGCUUUCCUCAAGAGUGGGCCGAAAAAUGAGAUUAUCAUAUCAUCUGGUGCACUGGGAAGCCCACAACUACUGAUGUUAAGUGGGGUAGGCCCUGCAGAUCAGCUUAAGGCCCACAACAUCACCAUUGUGUUGAACCAGCCCUUGGUUGGCCAAGGCAUGUCUGAUAAUCCCAUGAAUGCCGUCUUCAUCCCCUCUCCGGCUCCGGUUGAGGUCUCUCUCAUUCAAGUUGUCGGCAUCACCCAAUUCGGAAGCUACAUUGAAGCCGCCAGUGGUGCCAACUUUGCCGGUGGCUCUCCAAGAGACUAUGGGAUGUUCUCUCCUAAGAUUGGGCAGCUCUCCACAGUGCCACCAAAAGAAAGGACCCCAGAAGCCCUAGCCAAAGCUGUGGAACUUGAGGCAAAUCUUGACGACGCAGCCUUUAAAGGUGGAUUCGUUCUUGAAAAAGUAAUGGGUCCACUUUCUACAGGCCACUUGGAGAUCCUAACCCGUAAUCCAAACGAUAACCCGUCUGUUACCUUUAACUACUUCAAAGAGCCCUUAGACUUACAAAGAUGUGUCCAAGGCAUUAGCACCAUAGAGAAAAUAAUCGAGUCUAAGGCUUUCUCUAAAUUUAGAUAUGACUCUUUAACAAUACCAGCACUGCUCAACAUGACCGCAAGUUCCCCAAUAAAUUUGUUGCCUAAACAUGCCAAUGCGUCAACUUCCUUGGAACAAUAUUGCAAGGACACUGUGAUGACCAUUUGGCAUUACCAUGGAGGGUGCCAAGUUGGGAAAGUUGUUGAUCAUGAUUUUAAGGUUCUUGGAGUAGAUGCACUUCGGGUUAUUGAUGGAUCCACAUUUAAUUACUCUCCUGGAACUAAUCCUCAAGCCACUGUCAUGAUGCUUGGAAGGUACAUGGGUGUGCGAAUAUUGAGUGAGAGACUUAAUGGAGAUACUCAAAAUAAUUGAUCAUGAUUUGAUUUUUUUUUUACUGGGUUUGACUAAAGUAUGCAAUUUAGGAGCCCUUAUUACUAGGCUAAUAGCCUAAGGAAAUGUCAAAUUGAUUCUUGUCUAGGAUUUGAAAGAACUCAUAAAAGGGUUCACAUUGAAGAUAUUUAUUAUGUUUUCUUUUGCA